ACCAUGAUCUAACCAGACAGUGUUGAAUGGGAUGUCAAAACGAUUCCUUUGGUGUUUAUUGAGUGUAAGAAAACCACUUUAGAAGGAUGAACGUAUAAUGAUAUACUACUGCGAUCAUCUCUAGGGAGAUAGAAAUGAUGAACUACUACGUUUGUACGGGCUACAGAAUGGAAAUUAUGCUUUAUCAUAAGUGAUUUUAUGUGAACGUAUCGGAUAAAAAUGUAUUUCAAAGAAACUGGUGCGAUUUAAAUGUGUUUUUAUGGCGAAAACCAACGUGAGGUUUUGCUAAUGCCAGUAAUUUAUAUCCUCCCGGGGCAAAAUAUGAUUCUCCGUUGAUCUUCCUCAAAGGUAACUUGAAGUGACACUAUGCCGGAAAAUAGUGGCGCAAUGGACUUAAGACUAACAGACUUCCGGGAGAAGUACAGACUAGCCGAUAUCGAUGACACGGAGCGGAAUUCACCACCGGACCAGAACGGCAUGCAGUGUCAAAACAAGACUGGGCAAACGAAAAGAAAAUGUUCUAAGUAUAAAAGACCAACUAUGGACGUGGUUCUAACGGAGUUUUCAGACUCCACGACGCUACACGGUCUGCGCUAUAUCGCUAUGAGUGAUGCGUUCUUCUUCCGGCGGUCGGUUUGGUUUCUGCUUGUCCUGGUGUGUUCCGGUGUGAUGACCUUCCAGAUUGUAGACAGAAUUAUGUACUACUAUGACAACCCCGUCAAUGUCAAUGUCAAGAUCAACUAUAACCAAUCGCUGUACUUCCCUGCUGUCACACUCUGCAACCAAAACACGUUCAGAGCUACGGCUGCGACAGACCAGGACUGGUACCGUCUGAUUGAAUCUAUGUACAAGAAACCCCUCAUCAAUUUCAAUGUGUCCCUACUAGAGACACACAACGUAUCCCGUCUCGUUAUCAGUGACCUAUUUUGGCUCACCGGACACAAGAAGGAUGACCUCAUCGUAAAAUGUUCAUGGGGAGAUAUACCUUGUGGUCCUGAAAACUUCACCGCUGUGCUGACAGAUCACGGACUCUGUUACACCUUCAACUCCGACAUAGAUCCAGCUUCAACUCUAGUAACCUCCUCUUCGGGGUCUGAUGCAGGGCUCCGUUUGCUGUUGAAUGUUGAACAGUAUGAAUACAUGCCCGGUCCCAGCAGCGCAGCAGGUGUGAAGAUCCUCACCCAUGGGCAGCGAGAUUUGGCCCGGGUCAGGGAAUUGGGUAUUUCCGUCCCAACGGGCACACACGCAUUUGUUGGACUUCAAGUCAUAGCACUGGAGAACUUACCCCCACCCCACGGACAGUGCAGUGAGAAGGGCCUGACCUACUUUGAUUACUACACGUUUGACUCGUGUCGCCUGGAAUGUUUGAUGUCGUACAUAAAUAGUCAGUGUGGCUGUCGCGACUUCUACAUGCCAAGCGUUAAUGACGAACCGAGAAUAUGUUCCUUAAAAGAAUAUUUCAGCUGUUUUCUGCCAACCAAGCAGAAAUAUUUGUUGUUGGUACAAACCGGAAGUCAACAGUGCACGUGCCCCACGUCCUGUAAAUCACUUAUGUUCGACCCUACCUUGUCAUAUGCUACCACUUCCCGUCAUGCAGUGGACAAGAUUCUUGACAAGGUUAUCACGUCAAAAAUAACUGAGAAGCUGACAAAAGCAAGGGAGGUAACCCAUCGUAUGGAGCAGGCAAAGUUGGAGAAAUUCCAAACUGUUGUGUCCGCCGUUAACGACUCCUUAUCAGCAGUGAUGGUCUUGAUUCAUAAGGAUAUGAGAAAACGAAUCGCUAAACAAGUUGAAAACGUGGAAAAGGAAUCUGAAAGAAUGAUGGUCGCUUGGAAAGAAAAGGACUUUCUUUAUAGGUACCAGGAGUAUAACGUCAGAAAGAACUUCAUACGCGGGAGGGACGCAAUGGAAGAAAGAACACUGAACCUCUUAUGUAUUGGUUUCCAUGAGUUUGUGUUCCUAACGGAGACGUAUCUUCAGGAUUUGGCUUCAGAUUCAUUUGAGAGUAAUGCAGAUGGAAGGCUAAUUCUUUAUACUAUACUAGUUGCAAAAAUAAAUGAUCGAAUUGAAACUGCCAAGCGUGCACUGUCUAACUAUACUGAACUAUACAAAGCUUAUCAAACAGGGACACCCUUGUUCCGGUACAAAUUUCUAGGAGUUGCCAGGAAACACAAUCCCAUGAUUGCACCAAAAAUCCUCCUUAACGCUUCUCUAUACCACAACCACUACGCAAGGUUACAUAGUCCGCGCGUGAAGGAUGAUAUCGAGGCUAUUAUUGCUUGUUUGCUUGAAUACAUUGACUUUCUGAACGAGGUAAUGCAAACAAGCAGUCUUAACACCACAAGGAUGGCUACCAUAAGCGAAGACUACGUCGACGCAUGUGAGAGGUUUUACCAUAGUAAGAGUGUGUUUUAUUACGAAAGUAUAGAAAGACCUUUAAGAGUGAUUUUGACGCGACGUGACAAAUUUAACAAAGCAAAAACACAAUAUUUGGCGACAAUUAAGAACAUCAAGGACAAUCUCUUGCAGUUGGAUGGGUCCCUAGAAACUAUGUCGAAUUCAACGCUACAUGUUUUUUCAGAUCUAGUUGAUCGGGCUGUAGAUUAUUUCACGGACCAAACGGUAAGGAAACUCGACGUUGCAAAGAUGGCGGAAGAGGAAAAGGUGCAUACUGCAUCUAUCAGCUUGAAGAUGUUUUUCCAAGAGGUGCGGAGUCGCGGACAUGCAAUAUACGAUGGUUGGACUGUCCUGACGCCCACAGGACAGUCCAUCUGGAAAAUGAUUUUAGAAGACGAGGAGAUGUUGGAUUAUUAUGUAUACAGAAAUAUCACCGACUUCCUAGCUAACAGUACGAAAGUUUACUAUGGACUUGAACUUAACUAUACAAUACACAGGGACACCAAUGAUAUACGAUUUAUAGUUGGGCUAAGAGACAGUCACUUCCAUAGCUGUUUGGAUCAGAUGGAGGACCAUCUGUCUAACUACGUCACAUCAACCCAGGUGGAUCAUAAUGUGAUCAUGGACAAUUAUCUACAGCUGGAUAUAUUCUACAGAGAAAUGAAUUACGAAGAGAUACGUCAACAGAAGGCUUACGACAUUUUCUCAUUAUUGUGUGAUAUAGGGGGUUCGAUGGGACUGUUUGUGGGAGCAAGUGUGAUGACCAUAUUUGAAAUUAUCGACCUGUUUCUAAACCAUUCGGCAGAACGAUUACUGAGACAGAACAAGCGAUAGUCAGUCUGUAAAACAAAAAUGUAUAUAUUUUGAUAAUAAAAAAAAUCCACUCA